AUGCCGAUGGAAAAUGAAACAAGAGAUUUAAUCUUCCGAUCUAAACUCCCUGAUAUUUACAUCCCUAAACAUUUGCCUUUACAUUCUUAUUGUUUCGAAAACAUUUCUGAGUUUAAUUCCCGUCCUUGUUUAAUUGAUGGUGCAAAUGAUCAAAUCUAUUCUUAUGCCGAAGUUGAACUGACUUCGAGGAAAGUUGCUGUUGGUCUGAAUAAAUUAGGGGUCCAACAGAAGGAUACGAUUAUGAUUCUCUUGCCUAAUUCCCCUGAAUUCGUUUUUGCUUUUAUGGGUGCUUCGUAUCUAGGUGCAAUUUCCACAAUGGCUAAUCCUCUUUUCACUCCUGCAGAGGUUCUCAAGCAAGCUAAAGCAUCAAGCGCUAAGAUUAUCAUCACGUUAGCUUGCUAUAUUGGGAAAGUAAAGGAUUACGCUACUGAAAAUGAUGUGAAGUUAAUUUGCAUCGAUUCUGCACCGGAAGGUUGCAUUCAUUUCUCCGAAUUGACACAAUCGGACGAACACGAAAUACCUGAUGUGAAAAUCCAGCCUGAUGACGUUGUCGCCCUGCCGUAUUCCUCAGGGACUACAGGGCUACCAAAAGGAGUCAUGUUGACACAUAAAGGAUUAGUCACGAGCGUAGCGCAACAAGUUGAUGGAGAAAAUGCAAAUUUGUAUAUGCACAGUGAAGACGUGUUGAUGUGUUGCUUGCCUUUGUUCCAUAUAUACUCACUCAAUUCUGUUUUGCUAUGUGGAUUGAGAAUUGGAGCAGCCAUUUUGAUUAUGCAGAAAUUCGACAUUGUUCACUUCUUGGAGUUGAUUCAGAAGUAUAAGGUGACAAUUGGACCAUUUGUACCUCCUAUUGUUCUAGCAAUUGCAAAGAGUCCAUUAGUUGAUCACUACGAUCUUUCAUCAGUAAGGACAGUCAUGUCUGGUGCUGCACCUUUAGGAAAGGAACUCGAAGACACUGUCCGAACCAAAUUCCCUAACGCCAAACUUGGUCAGGGUUAUGGAAUGACUGAAGCUGGACCAGUGCUGGCAAUGUGUUUGGCCUUUGCAAAAGAACCCUUUGAAAUUAAAUCAGGUGCAUGUGGUACUGUUGUGAGGAAUGCUGAGAUGAAAAUUGUGGAUCCGGAUACGGGUUGUUCUUUGCCCCGUAACCAACCCGGUGAAAUUUGCAUUCGAGGUGAUCAGAUCAUGAAAGGUUACUUGAACGAUCUUGAGUCCACAACGAGAACAAUAGACAAAGAAGGAUGGUUACACACUGGCGAUAUGGGGUUCAUCGACAACGAUGACGAGCUUUUCAUUGUGGACCGAUUGAAGGAAUUGAUUAAAUACAAAGGAUUUCAAGUGGCCCCUGCUGAGCUUGAAGCACUUCUUCUCAACCAUCCCAACAUUUCUGAUGCUGCUGUUGUCCCAAUGAAAGACGAGCAAGCUGGGGAAGUUCCAGUGGCUUUUGUUGUAAGGUCAAAUGGAUCAACAAUUACUGAGGAUGAAGUCAAGGAUUUCGUUUCGAAGCAGGUGGUAUUCUAUAAGAGAAUAAAGCGUGUAUUUUUCGUGGAAACGGUACCAAAAUCUCCAUCAGGAAAAAUUCUGAGAAAGGACUUGAGAGCUAGACUGGCUGCUGGUGUCACAAAUUAA